AUGAGCAGCUCCGCUAAUCAGUUUCUGUUUACAUUGCACAGAAGUUUCACCAACACGUAAACAUCCCUUUAAACAGACGCUGACGUCACGAAGCAGGCACGCCCAUUCAUGGUGGUGGGUGGAGACUGCAGGGAUUCGAUGACGUUCACACUUGUCCAUGUUCCCGUACGUCUCCAUGAACACAGAGCUAGGCUAGCAGGCAGGGUAGAGAGCAAGGAUGCGGCGCAUGCGCGGAAUAACGGAUCCUGACGCUUCCCAUCACACAGCUGCCUGAUUACUGUAUGAGCUGGUGCUCGUCCUCUGUAGUCUCCAGUACGUUCUGCCGAGUGCCUGUCAGGUGUCCAGGUCCGCCUGCUCUGCUGUGGAGCCGAAUGUCUGGUGCUUCUACUGGAAGCGGGCAUAAUGACUAUGUCCAGUUUAAGUGACCUCCCAGAGGAGGGCACAGAUAUGGUUGCCGGGCUGCCUGUUGCCACACUUCCUGGUACUGCGACUCCUUCCAGUACAAACUUCUCCAGGACACCAGAAGAGCAACCUUUCACUCUAGAACAGCCUAUGUUCCUCAUGACAACCACUGCUCAGGCCAUCUCUGGAUUCUUCGUCUGGACUGCACUACUUAUCACCUGUCACCAGAUCUACAUGCAUCUGCGUUCCCAUAGCUGUCCAAAUGAACAGCGACAUAUUGUACGAAUUCUCUUUAUUGUCCCAAUAUAUGCCUUUGACUCGUGGCUCAGCCUCCUCUUCUUCACCAAUGACCAGUAUUAUGUAUAUUUUGAUACAGUCCGGGACUGCUAUGAAGGUUAG